UGAUGUCCAAUCAAAUCAAUUUCCAAAGAAAAUGACAGAGGUUUGCACGGGAAACACGAGAAACAUGAGCAGUCUUAACUCCGUGGCCAUUCAGUUUUUUGAGAUGGUUCCAGUAAGAAGAAUUCAAUGGCCGAACGAGGAGAUCGACAGUGAUGAUCUGGAUGUGGAGGCACAAAGAUACAUGCUGUCGAAAACUGUUAACAGUGACCUUUGUCAACAAUAUCCACCUUCUAUACAAUAUCAAAGAACUUUCAUCAAGAAAUUACUCACAACACUGGAAGGUUUUGGUGUAGAAAUAUGUGAUGAGCUUUACGAGACAUAUACAGCACUGUUACAAUGUAAAGACCUAGAGGAGGACACACUGUGCUACAAAACCUACACAGUUGAUGAAGAUGUCAGAAUAACAAUUCAGGAAUCUGUGAACAUGAUCUCCUUCGGUACAACAGGGUUGAGUACAUGGCAGGCUGCCCAGCACUUAGCAGAAUGGGCAUUGCAGAACAAAGAGAAGUUUAAAGAUAGGAAUGUAUUGGAGUUAGGCUGUGGUUUAGGACUUACUGGACUGAGUGUUUGUAAACAAUGUUGUGUUAACACGUACACAUUCACAGACUGUCAUACACAGGUUCUUGAUCUCCUACAUAAAAACAUAUGUCAUAACUUUGAGUUUCGUGUAAAUGAACCAAAGUGUGUUGAAAACAAUACAGAUAUAAUGGCUGACCAGAAUGGUUUGAAAAGUGAUCAGAAAGACUGUGAUACUGAAAAUAUAUGUGGAACCAGACCAGACUGUGAUACCGUUUCCUCCAAGUCCGCUGCUAGUGAUGAUAAAAGUGGACCCAGUCUGUCUAAAAGUUACAGUUAUGGGGAAAAUGAGUCAACUGUGCAACAGAAAGGACAUGUUGGUUAUUUGGAUAGGGCAGAAUGUGAUUCAUCAACUGAAUGUGAUAAAAGAUUAAUAAGUAACGGUGAUAUAAACAAAGACCAGGUAUCAGAUAUAAAAGAGUUUAGAUUAAAUGAGACCUCAGGCUGUAAGUGUAUACAACUAGCUAAGCUUGACUGGGAGAAUAUUACUGACAAAUUGGUAGAAAAAUUAGCAGUUUCAGAUGUGAUACUGGCAGCAGAUGUGGUGUAUGAUAACAGGAUCAUUCCAGCUCUUGUGUCGGUAUUGAAGAUGUUCCUAGGAAGGAGGUCAACAUGCUCGGCAUACGUGGCUUCUACUAUACGUAACGAAGAUACUAGAGAUCAGUUUCUUGUUUCUCUCAAUAAUGAAGGUUUAAAGUAUGAACAAGUGGAUCCACCAACAGUAAAGCUCUUCCAUUAUGACAGAAGUGUUCCAAUUGAGAUAAUUCACAUCACUCGAUGACAGCUGUUCCAAAUGAAAUCAUCCGCAUCACCCUAUAACAACGACAACAACAGAGUUCUUAUGGUUUAUUUUUUCUUUUCCUAGUUAUAGAAAAUACCUUUUUGUUUUUGCAAACGUUAAAGAAAUAGAUACAAAAUGUUAAGUUAAAUACUGAUUAUAUUAAUUGUAAACAGCACAAUUAUUGUGCAGCAGUAUUUCAUUUGAAAUAUUUUAAACAAAAUAUAGAAGAAAUAUUUUUAAUCUAAAUAUAAAGUAAUGGUCUCUUGGAAAGUACUUUUUAAUUCCAGUAUCCUGAAAAUUUCUUCCAAAAAAUUCUGAGAUGAUUAACAUUCUUAAACUACAUUGUUGGAAAUUUGUGAUUGAAUACAAACUUGUAGUUAGUGCUAAUCUUUAUCCUUAAGUUUAAGGUAUUGGCCAUAAUAGAGGUAUCUAUUUAGCCAUACACAAGGCUCAUCACGUGCCGGGUCAAACUUCCCUACGAUGUCAAUGAACAAGGGCCUACCUUUCAUUUCUGGUGUUGGUUCCAUUAUUUCUUCUCGUGGGAUGUCUGACGUGCAGGUGGAGACUUCUUUUGUUGUAGUGAGCCCGUUAGAUCUUAAGUUGCGCACUAAUUCUGGUUAGUUAAAAUCUGAGGUACAGGACCUAGUGUUAUGACCUCCAGCGCACCGGCCACAAGUAAUUUUGUUCUUGCACGAUUUAGAAAUGUGCCCGUAUCCCAGACAAAGAAAACAACGUUUUGGAGGGUGUACAUAGGUCUCCGUCCUAUAUACUAAUUCCGUACCCUCGCCCGCGAUGCCCACAGUGAUGGGGCACACCCCUGCGAAGGUCAACUUAACCGCUCCAGAAUCUUGCCUAAGCUUAUUCUGGAGUCUGUCGACCCUCACAAGUGAGGCCCCAUCAGAUCUGUCAUAUUCCAACUUGUGUUGGAAUUCUUACAGAUCUUCCUCCAGCGGAAUGCCGUGUAUCACUACCUCAUAAAGGCGUUCCUGAGGCAGUCCUUAAACAAUGCACUCCA